AUGUACACUAGAUCGAACAAUAUGGCUAGUGGUUCAGCUUUCAGCAAUGUUCUCAAAGCAAAGGAAGAUUUACAAAAGUCUCCUGAACAAUUAGAACAAGAAAAACGUUCUAUAAUCGCCCAGCGAGUACCACCAUUGCAAUUAGAUGGUAAAACAAAAGACGAUCUGAUUGAAAAGGCCAAACAAUUUCACAGUCUUCUUCAACAAUUACAUGGCGCUAUCUAUGAAUUAACUGAACGGUUUGAACGACAAAAAUAUGAUAUGGUUGAAUUGACUGAGCGAGCUCGUCAAAUUGAAAAAGGAAAAGCUAAAACACGCAAAUCAAACAUCGUUCACACUGGUCUCGGAGGUGGUCUUUUUACAGGUGUAAAUGAUAUAACAUCCCAAGCACCGCCAAAAGUAUCACUUUUCAGUCGAUACGAACGGCUUACUGAUCGUCGUACGUUCAAAGAUCGUCGUGAUGUUUGGGCUACAGAUAAACCAAAGACGGACUUUGUAGCUGAACGUCCAAAAGCAAAAAUAAAACAAGUUGAUUCGAAUGCUGAAGCUGCACCAGCACGUAAACCAAGACGUCCCGCUGCGGCUCCUGAAAAACAAAAAUCCGAAGAACAUACGGAAGAUUUACCUCCUCCUCCUCCUCCAGCCGACGAGGAAGAAGAACACGAAGAAGAAGCUCCACCAGCACCAGAAGAGCCCGCUGAGGAAGAACCAGCUGCUGCUGCCGAAGAAGAACCAGCAGCAACCGAAGAAGCUGCUGAGGAGGAAGAAGAAGAAGAAGAAUAG